AUGUUCAAAUUUGUCGUUGUCAUCUUCGCUGUCAUCGCCUGUGUUGCAGCUAAACCCGGUCUACUAAGUGCUCCAUUAGCCUAUACUGCACCUGCUGCUGUCGUAACUGCUCCAGCACCUUUUGUUACUGCUACAAGUAGUCAAGUUGUUGCUAGAAAUUUCAAUGGAAUCGCUGCUGCACCAAUUGUCGCCGCUGCUCCAGUUGUGAAAGCUGUUGCACCUGUUGCUGCUCCUUUGGCCGCUGCUGCUCCCUUGGCUUAUGCUUCUCCUUUAGCGUAUUCAGCUCCAUUAGCCCGCGCUGCUUAUGCCGCUGCUCCUUUGGCUUACGCUUCUCCUUUAGCCUACUCAGCUCCAUUAGCCCGCACUGCUUAUGCUGCUGCUCCUUUGGCCUAUAGUUCACCAUUGGCAUACUCUGCACCACUCUCAGCUGCUCCAGUUUUAUUGUAA